AUGGGCACUCAAUUAUCUUUGCUCACACCCACAGCUCCUACUGUUGCACUAUCCUCUUAUAUAGACGUUCUUGAUGGAAUACAGUAUUUUGAUCAGCUAGGCAGAACACGAUUCUUAAAAACCAUAAAGGCUGCUGAUCAAAAUGGCUACUUGAUUGUUAAACUACUAAUCAAACCUGAUUUAACAAUAACAAUAGUAACGAUAAUAUCAAAAAUACUAUCAAACAUUCCAAGUGCAAUUCCCUACACUAAAAUAGUCGAGACAGAAAAGGCUUGCUAUUUGUUAAGACCCUUUUUGUACUCGAACUUAUACGAUAUAAUAAGCACAAGACCCUUUUUAGAAAAAAUAGAAAAAAUUUGGAUAACAUUUCAACUAUUAUCAAUCUUAUCAAAAAUUCAUGAAAACGAUAUAACUCACGGUGACAUAAAAUCAGAAAAUAUCAUGAUAACAACUUGGAAGUACUGCCUCUUGACCGAUUUUGCUCCUUUUAAACCAAUAUACUUACCAGAGGAUAACCCAUCUCAGUUUUCCUUUUUUUUCGAUACUUCUCAUCGAAGAACUUGUUACUUGGCUCCCGAAAGAUUUCUAUCCAAAAACGAAAUCCAAAUCCAAAAUCAAGCUCAAGCUCAAAAAUUAAACCUAUUCAAUAAAUUCAAAUAUAAGAUCAAAAAUAACACAAUUACAAAAGAAAUGGAUAUAUUCAGUCUCGGCUGUGUAAUUGCUGAAUUAUUCCUUGAGGGCAAUCCAAUUUUCACUUUAGCUCAACUAUUUAAAUACAAGAAAAAACAAUACACUCCAAACUUGAAUUCAAUCGAUAACAUCCAUAUAAGAAACUUAAUAACCUCAAUGAUCAGUUUGAAUCCAAAGGACAGAAAAUCUGCAAACUACUAUCUUAAUGAAUAUAAAAAUAAAAUCUUUCCCUCCCAUUUUUAUAAUUUCCUAAAUGAAUACAUGAAAAAUAUGUCCGAAGGAAUAAACCUUGAUGACGAAUUGAAAUUUAAUGACAGAUUUCAGGAAUGUGAUUAUAGAAUUGAAAAACUAUACAAUGAUUUCGAUAAAAUUGUCUACUUUCUUGGUUUUGAUUACGAUUUUAAUCAAAAGCUGUUUGAACUAAAUAAUAAAAACUUUGCCAACGAAAGAAAAAUCCUACCUAUUCAACUAAACCUACCAACUCUAAAGGGCUACACCCUAAAAUCUACUUCUCAAGUCAAUUUACAUGAUGGUUCCGCUCUAAUCAUUUUAAGUCUAUUAUUAAGCUCAAUAAGAAAUACAUUCCUAGCUUCAAGUAAAAUUAAAGCUUGCGAACUACUUUUAGCAUUAAGCGAACGAGUUAAUGAUGAAGCAAAAUUAGAUCGUUGUUUACCUUAUUUAAUCUACUUAUUAGAUGAUCCAUGUCAAGAUGUUCAAGUUGCUGCUCUAAAAUCAUUUACCAAAUUAUUAGAAAUGGUUGAUUCCCUAACACCCGUCAAUGUUUUCCUAUUCUCAGAAUAUAUAAUUCCUAAUCUUAUAACAAUGCUAAGAAAGGCCAAUCCUUAUGUUAAAAUGUUUUUUGCUUCAUCUUUGCCCAGCUUGGCUCAAUCGGCUUCAAGAUUUCAUGAUAUGAUUCAAUUGAUGAAAUCAAAUGUAAUCAACUCCUCAAUUGAUCCAGAAACUGAAAAUGGUAUACUUACAUCUGAUAAUGUUUUUGACGUAUCUAAAAUCUCUUUAUCCGAAGAUAUUGAAGAAUUUGUAGUUUCCCUUUUAACUGACACUGAUCCUUAUGUUAAAAUUGCUUUUUUACAAAACAUUAUUCCCUUGUGUGGCUUUUUUGGCAAAGAAAAGACCAAUGAUGUUAUACUAAGUCAUUUGAUAACUUAUCUUAAUGACAAGAAUCCUCAAUUAAGAAUGGCCUUUGUAGAUUGUAUUGAAGGCAUAAUAAUAUAUGUUGGCCCAUUGAAUUUUGAACAAUAUGUAUUACCACUAUUAGUUCAAACUUUAACUGAUCCUGAGGAAUUUAUUGUGAUAAAAGUAUUGCAAAAUUUUAAUAAAUUAGUAAAACUUAGAUUAAUAAGAAAACCUUUUAUUUGGGAUAUUGCCAAAACAGUAUCAAAAUUAAUAUUGCAUCCAAAUGAAUGGAUAAGACAAGCAACUCUACAUUUAAUAAUAUCAAUAGCAGAUAGUUUGAUUUUUGCUGAAAAAUAUUGCAUUUUACUUCCGUUAGUUAAACCCUUUUUCAAGUACCACUUUACUGAGUUUGAUUGGAAUACUUUGUAUCCAGCAAUGAAAUCUCCAGUGACAAUAGCUGUUUAUAAAUUAUCGUUAACAUGGUCUCUAAAAGCAGAAAAAUCAUUAUUUUGGGCGACAGAUAAAGGCAGCUUAGACAAGAACUCAUUAAGCAACAAUGGUUUGACUUUUAUGGCUAAAUCAUUAGAAGGAAUGGUUUCAAGAUUAACAAUAGCGGGUAGUAAUAAUGGAACAAAUGGCAAUCAAAAUAAAAAAGCGCAAAAUGAAGGUCUCAUAACUGAUAACGCUUCGGUUCCACUUUCUUCUGAUGAUCAUAAAUGGAUUGAAAAAUUAAUACUGUCUGGAUUUGAAACAAAAGAUUUAUGGAAACUAGCGACAUUAAGAGACUAUUUAUAUCGUGUGGCAAGAUCGUCAACAAGAAUGAUAUCAGAAAAUGAUUCAACUUUUGAAAUCCAAGAUGAGCUAUUGAGUCUUGGUAUAUAUCCUAGAAAUGUAUUUCUUGAUGGUAUUGAUAAAUCGGAAGCUAAAAUACCCACAUUGGGGCUUUCAAAGCCAAUUCUUGGAUCUUUAUUAUUCGGAGUUAAAAAGGCAUCACCAUCUAUUUCUGAAAAUCAAGAAAACGUUUAUGCAGAUUUGGAGCAGUUAACUUUGGAAACAGAUUUUGGAGAAUCUAGUUCUGAUUCUAAGAUAGUGACAUUAAAACUUCCACAAACUUCAACUGUUGCAGGAAAAAUAACUCAUACGUAUACUGGAGAUGAUCCGAACAUUUUGAAAUUUCUUAAUAAUAUAAAAAUUGAAACUACAUUGGAUGAUUUCCCAGAAUUCGGAGCUGCCUUGUCAAACAUACCAACUAAUGAUUAUCAUAUCUUGAAGAAUGUUUCAAAUUGGAAACCAAAGGGUUUAUUGGUAGCGCAUCUUUUGGAACAUCAGGGCAGUAUUAAUUGUGUUGUAGCUUCACCAGAUCACAGCUAUUUUGUUACAGGCGGUGAAGAUGGAUAUGUCAAAUUAUGGAAUACAUAUAGAUUGGAAAGGGAUGUGAAAAAUUCAUCUAGUUUAUCAGCGAAUUUGAAAUCCGCGGUUUUAAAAAUUGUGUUCAUUGAGGAUAGAGAUUGUUUUGCUGUGUCAACUGAAGAUGGUUACAUCAAAAUAUUUAGGGUAGGUAUAAACAAUUCUCGAAAGGAAUUUACAAAGCUUAUUCUUAUCAGAAAAUAUAAACUAGCAGCAAAUGAAUAUGCAUUGUGGCUUGAUUUUUUAAUAAAUGAAAGCAAACCGUUGCUAGUUGUGAACUCACCGUUAUCUAAGAUAAUUGGUAUUGAUAUAAGAACCAUGAGUGAGGCUUUUGUGUGGGAUAUUCCACUAUAUCAAGGAUAUCCAACGUGUUUUUGCAUUGAUAACAAGAAGGGAUGGUUGCUUGUUGGAACUAGCGAUGGCUACUUGAAUUUUUUUGAUUUGAGAUUUGAACUAAGAAUCAAAGUAUGGAGGUUUCCAAGUGGGUUCCCAAUCCGAAAAAUAAGCGUUUUGCCCAACGACUUCUCGAUAAGACGCCAUAAAAACCGAUUUGUUUCAAUCAUUGGGGGCACAGGCGAGUCUGAAAUCACGAUAUGGGAUAUAUCCAAAGGCCAGUGCUGCAAUGUGUAUUGCUGCUCUACCAGUUCUCAGCCAGGCAACUACUUUCUUGAGGAAAUCGAAGACUCUGAGUAUGAUGGAGGGAGAAUUGAAAAAGGUCUAGGUCGAAAGCUCGUCAGAAAGUUGGAAGCAGAUAACAGUAUGACAGCCUUCACGUCGAUAGAAUUCCAUACAGCAGACUACAUGAAGCACUUGUACUUCAUCAGUGCCACGAAGGAGUACAAGAUUGUGUUUUGGAAUGUGAGUUCGCCAGAACACUCCAAGGUGAUCACAGGCCUCUCGUUGAGCGAGGACAUUCCCAGAUUCACCUCGUCGCAGAUAAACCCUGGAUUGACUGUUGUGAGCGAGAUCAAGAACUCUGGCACCUCCAGCAGCGCCCCUGGCAGCAAGAGAAGGAAGAGCAAGCUCUCGAGGCCCUCGUUGAUCUCAGUGGAGCAGCUCGAGCUCGUGAAGAACCAUUUCAGUUGCAUCAACGACUUGACUGUGAUUGUGUCGCCCUUCAUCAUGAUCGUUUCGGUGGACCUCAGCGGUGUGAUCAACGUCUUCAAGUAG